AUGGGCGCAAACGUGGAGACCAAGACUGCGGUCUCAGACAUCUCCAAGGGACGCCAUGGGGUUGACCAUGUUCCCGUCACUUCUAUCCUCCCAGAGGGUGAUGUACCCUAUACGGAUCAUUAUAUGGAUGCCGACGAGAGGGUCAUCACGGCGCUCGGCUAUAAACAAGAGUUCAAGCGCGAGUUCUCGCUAUGGACAACAUUCUGCGUCAGUUUUGCUGUGUUGGGACUUCUACCGUCGUUCGCGAGUACCUUAUAUUAUGCUGACACAAAUUGGGUUGAAGGUAUGGGAUAUGCCGGCACAGCGGGCAUGGUCUGGGGCUGGAUGAUCGCGAUGAUCUUUAUCCAAUGCAUCGCAAUGUCAAUGGCAGAACUAUGUUCAGCAAUGCCCACGAGUGGCGGCCUAUACUACGCAGCAGCAGUCCUCGCACCCCCGGGCUAUGGACCCUUCGCCGCCUGGAUAACCGGCUGGUCCAACUGGAUCGGCCAAAUAACAGCCGCGCCAUCAGUGAACUACGGCGUCAGCGCCAUGAUCCUAGCCGCCGCCUCAAUCCGCGACCCGACCUACGUCCCAACAAGCUGGCAAACCUUCCUCCUAACAACCUUUAUAAUGAUCCUCCACUCAGUGAUAAGCAGCAUGCCCACCAAGCGCGUAGCGCAAUUCAACUCCUAUGGCUCAACCUUCAACAUCAUCGCCCUAAUCGCCGUCCUAAUCAUCAUCCCCGCCAGCUCCAAAAACACCCCCAAAUUCAACUCCUCCAAAGAACGUAAUCUGGACCAUGUCCGGCUACGACUCCCCUUCCACUUGAGCGAGGAGUGCUCGAACGCGAACGUCGCCUCGCCGCGCGCAAUCGUGCUCACCUCCGGCGUCGGCGGGCUAAUGGGCUGGUUCCUGCAGCUCGUCGUUGCCUACACGGUCAUCGAUAUCGAGGGCGUGAUCGAUUCCGAUCUCGGACAACCGUUCGCCUCCUAUUUGCUGCAGGUUGUGCCGGAGAAGACGACGCUGGCGGUACUGGCGUUGACGAUUGUUUGCGGGUUUUCGAUGGGACAGGGGUGUAUGGUUGCUGCGUCGAGGGUUACGUAUGCUUAUGCGCGCGAUGAGUGCUUUCCGCUGUCGAGGUAUUGGAAGCAGGUUCAUCCUGCUACGCAGACGCCGGUUAAUGCGGUCAUCUUGAAUGGUGUUCUGGGUAUCCUCAUGUGUUUGCUUAUGUUGGCUGGGGAUGUGGCGAUUGGUGCUUUGUUCUCUAUUGGUGCUAUUGCGCAGUUCUUUGCUUUUGCUGUCCCGAUCGCUAUUCGGGUGUUCUUUGUUGGGGAUCGGUUCCGGAGGGGACCGUGGCAUUUGGGACCUUAUAGUCGGUAUAUUGGUGGUGUUGGUGUUAUGUUUGUUUUGUUGAUGAUUCCCAUCCUGUGUUUGCCCAGUGUUGUGGGGAAGAACUUGACGCCUGAUAUGAUGAACUGGACUUGUCUUGUUUGGGGUGUGCCGAUGUUGGCUGUCACGGUUUGGUGGAUUAUUGAUGCCCGUCACUGGUUCACUGGGCCUGUGGUCAAUGUUGAGCAUGCGAUUCAUGCGAUUCAGCAGGAGCCGGUUGUCAGUGAGGGUAUCGAGCCUGUUGGAGAGACACAGGAAAGUGCGUUAUCACGAAAGACGGAUUACCCAGAUAAUCCUAUCUAG